GCGGCGGUCGUGGCUGCGGCCGGGGGAAGUGAAUGGUUUUACCCAGAGGGCCCUGCGCCGCCUUUCUCCGCUGGCACCGGCGCUGCUCGCUGCUCCUCCUUCCCGGCCAUGGCGUUCACGUUCGCGGCCUUCUGCUAUAUGCUGGCGCUGCUGCUCACCGCCGCGCUUAUCUUCUUCGCCAUCUGGCACAUUAUAGCUUUUGAUGAACUGAAGACUGAUUACAAGAAUCCUAUAGACCAGUGUAAUACCCUGAAUCCUACAGUUGAAAAGGUCAAAAAGAUUAAAAGAGUCAAAAUUGCAUUAAAGCUUGUACUCCCAGAGUACCUCAUCCACGCUUUCUUCUGUGUCAUGUUUCUUUGUGCAGCAGAGUGGCUUACGCUGGGUCUCAAUAUGCCCCUCUUGGCAUAUCAUAUUUGGAGGUAUAUGAGUAGACCAGUGAUGAGUGGACCAGGACUCUAUGACCCUACAACCAUCAUGAAUGCAGACAUUUUAGCUUAUUGUCAGAAAGAAGGCUGGUGCAAAUUAGCUUUUUAUCUUCUAGCAUUUUUUUACUACCUAUACGGCAUGAUCUAUGUUUUGGUGAGCUCUUAGAACAACACACAGAAGAAUUGGUCCAGUAAGUGCAUGCAAAAAGCCACCAAAUGAAGGGAUUCUAUCCAGCAAGAUCCUGUUUCCAAGAGUAGCCUAUGGAAUCUGAUCAGUUACUUUAAAAAAAUGACUCCUUAUUUUUUAAAUGUUUCCACAUUUUUUGCUUGUGGAAAGACUGUUUUCAUAUGUUAUACAUGGAUAAAGAAUUUAAAUGGAAUUACGUAUAAAUUAAUAUAAAAUGAUUACCUCUGGUAUUGACAGGUAUGAAUUUGCACUCCCUAAGGAACAGCCAUAAUCCCUUGUAUGAUUGCAUUAAUUAUUGACUAUCCUUAGUCCAUUGGAAGCUUUUGUUAUAUAUAGGAACUUGUAGGGCUCAUUUUGGUUUAUUGAAAUGCCGUCUAAUUAUAAAUUAGCUGUAGAUAUCAGGUGCUUCUGAUGAACUGAAAAUAUAUAUCCGACUUGUGGGAAACUUCAUGGGUUUCCUCAUUUAUCAUGUAUGUGAUUAUAUAUGGACACAUUACAAAAUAAGAAGAGUGGGAUUUUUUUCCCUUCAACUUGAAUAUUAUCCCUGUAUAUUGCAUGAAUGAGAGAUUUCCCAUAUUUCCAUCAGAGUAAUAUACUUGCUUUAAUUCUUAAGCAUAAGUGACCAUGAUAUAAAAACAUAUGCUGAAUUACUUGUGAAGAAUGCAUUUAAAGCUAUUUUAAAUGUGUUUUAAUUUGUAAGAUAUCACUUAAUAAGAAAUUGGUUAUUAUACCUACUGUUCUAAUCUGGUGGUAAAGGUAUUCUUAAGAAUUUGCAAGUACUUUAGAUUUUCAAAACUGAAUGAGAGAGAACAUUGUAUAACCGUCCUGCUGUUCCUUUAGUGCAAUACAAUAAAACUCUGAAAUUAACUUA